AUGGUGAACAUUACGGAGAAGAUUAAGGAGAUUGAAGAUGAGAUGCGCAGGACGCAGAAGAACAAGGCCACAGAGUACCAUCUGGGUCUGUUGAAAGGUAAACUCGCCCGUCUGAGGGCUCAACUCCUGGAACCCACGGGGGGCUCCGGCGGCGGUGGCACGGGGUUCGACGUCAGCAAGAGCGGCGAUGCGCGCGUCGCGCUCGUCGGCUUCCCCUCCGUCGGUAAAUCCACCUUCCUCAGCAAGAUCACCAAGACCAAGAGUGAGACCGCCGCGUACGCCUUCACCACGCUCACCGCCAUCCCCGGUGUCUUGGAGUACGGCGGCGCGGAAAUCCAGAUCCUGGAUCUGCCCGGUAUCAUCGAGGGGGCUGCGGAAGGAAAGGGUCGAGGACGGCAGGUCAUCUCCGCGGCUAAGACAAGCGACCUGGUCCUGAUGGUCCUGGAUGCCACGAAACGAGCGGAGCAACGAGCCCUGCUCGAGGCGGAAUUGGACGCUGUUGGGAUUCGUCUCAACAAGGAACCCCCGAACAUCUACCUCAAACAGAAGAAGGCCGGCGGUGUGAAGAUCACCUUCCAAACGCCCCCCAAGUACCUCGACGAGAAGAUGAUCUUCAACGUUCUCCGUGACUACAAGAUGCUGAACUGCGAAGUCCUCGUCCGCGACGAAUACGCGACAAUUGACGACUUCAUCGACGUGAUCAUGAAAGACCACCGCAAAUACAUCAGAUGUCUCUAUGUCUACAACAAAAUCGACGGCGUCAGCCUCGACUUCCUCGACCAACUCGCCCGCGAACCCUACACCGCCGUCAUGAGUUGUGAGCUCGACCUCGGCGUCGAAGACGUCGUCGAGCGCAUCUGGAAGGAGCUCCGCUUGAUUCGCGUCUAUACGAAGCGGAAAGGAGAGGAGCCCGAUUUCUCCGAGGCGCUGAUUGUCCGGCACAAUUCGACGAUCGAGGACGUGUGUGAUAGUAUCCAUCGGACGCUGAAGGAGACGUUCAAGUAUGCAAUGGUGUGGGGUGCCAGCGCUAGACACAUCCCUCAGCGGGUGGGGUUGGGGCAUGUGGUGUCGGAUGAGGACGUGGUUUCGAUCGUGGCGAAAUAA